AUGUUGUGCAGCACUUCUUCUUCUUCUUCUUCUUCUUCCUCCUCUUCUUCUUCUCCUCCUCCUAUAGAUAGUAUAAAUGGUGUGAAUAAAUUAUCUAGUGGAUUAUAUGGUGCCUUUAAGGUUCCUCCUCCUUCUUUUUCUUUAUCUUUCUUUGGUUAUCCUUCUUAUUGGUUUUUUAUUAAUAAAAAAGAUAUUCCUCUUUCUUGUUUUACAUGGACUAAUAAGGAUAAUAAAAAGAAGAAUAAACAAGAAAAAGGAAUUGCUGUUAUACUCCUACAAGGAACAGAAGAACAAUGGAUGCAACAAUGGCUGUCUGUUGAUGCUCCUGAUCUAGAUGAACAAUACUCUGCUGCAGCAGCAGCUGCUGCUGCAGCAGCAGCAGCUGCAGGUGGUAAUGUUAGUGAUGAUCGAUUCCCUGUUAUACCAUUGAUGACAGGAGAGCUGCAGCAGCAGCAGCAAGAAGGAAGUGAUGAGGAAGUACGAUCUUCUUUCUUUUGCUGCAAGAGUUCUUCUUCUUCUCCUAUUGAUAAACAAUUAACAACCCAACUAUCUAAGGCAUCAUUAGCAGCAGCAGCAGCAGCAACGACACCUCCUCUAUCUAGGAAGGCUAGCAGCCAAUUAUCCGAGACUCCUUCCUUAUUAGGAGGGAAAGAUUUCCUUAAGAAUUAUAAAAUGAAUAUUCCUGAAGGACUUAACUUUGAAGGAUUAGAAGGAUUAGAGACACCGAAAGCAGCAGCAGCAGCAGCAGCAGCAAAAGCAGCAGCAGCAGCAGCAGCAGCAAAGACAACAACAACAGGAGAGAAGGGAAGGAAGAGACAGCUAAGCUAUAAAGGAUCAUGGGUAGAGAAGUUUGUAUCUGAGGGUUAUACUGUUGUAGGUCUGCAGCUACCCGAGGCUGCAUCAGCAGGUUGCUGCAGCUGCAGCUGCAGCAACAACAGCAGCAGCAACAGCAAGAUGCAAUUUGAAGAUAUUGUUGGUGAUAUUUGCACUCUGCUGCAGUCCUUGGCUAAUUUGUCUUCUCUUCCUAUCUUCCUUGUUGGUACAAACUCUGCUGCUACUGCAGCAUUAAGAGCAGCACAAACCCUUGCAAAAGACGGACUCCUAGGCAAACCUGCAACAGCAGCAGCAGCUCAUAAGCAGCAAGAGAAACACCAUAAGAACGAGCGCCAGCAGCAGCAGCAGCAGCAGCAGCAGCUCCUCCAGGAGCUCACAGACAGAGCAACAGCAUCGACAGCCAGCUCUCAACGUGGUUCUAUAGACAGUAGAGGAGUUUCUUCUCAUGCUGCAGCAGCAGCAGCAGCAUCUGCUGCAAGUGGUGGUCGCAAGGGUCGUGCAUUGGAGGCUGUACAAGAGGAGGAAGAAGAUGAUGAUUCCUUGAGUACCAUCAGCAGCACAAGCAGCGCAGCAGCACAAGCAGCAGCAGAGAUGGGUGCUGAUCAUCGUGUUGUUAGACAGAAGCCCGUACCUCUUGCAGGUUUAAUCCUCUUAUCUCCUGUACUGGAUGUACAAGACAGAGUUGCAUGCGAUUUAUGCUGCUCUUCUUCUUUGUUAGACACACUUAAAUCAUGGAUACCUUCAUGGGGAUCUCCUGCUGCUUCUCCUUCUGCUGCUGCUAUCCAGCAGCGACACCGCAGCAGGAGCAGCAACAGAACCUUCUUGUAUGCUGAUUUAGCUAGAGGAUUAGAGGCAGCACAAGAAGACAUCUUGUGGUUAAGGAGACCAAUCCUAAGAGAUGCACAAAAACCCUUCAGUCUUAAAGACUGGACUGAGUUGCUGCAUCGUAAAGUACAAGAGAAAGAAAAGCAGCAGCAGCAGCAGCAGCAACAGCAGCAGCAACAGCAGGAAGAGGCACAUCGUAAUAAAGAGGAUCAAGAGGGUGAUGCAUCACACCAGCAGCAGCAUUUGGCAGUUUUAUUGCUGCAGCAGCUAGAAGAUGAUACAGAAUCUACCUUAGCCUCUGUCCGUCUCUUUGAAGGAUUAGGAGGGAAGGCAAAGUUACCUGAGCCAUGGGCAUCAAUAAGGAGAGAAGAACGUCGUAAGGAAAAGGAGGCAAGAAGACAAGCUGCUGCUGCUGCAGCAGCUGCAGCAGCAGCAGCUGCUGCUGCUGGAGAAGGGGUAACAGUACUAGGAGAGACAAGAGAAGCAACAGACGAGCCACAGCGACCUAAUGCUGCCUUUGAAGCAGAAUUCUUAUCUCGUGCUGCAAGUCAAGUGCAGCAGCAAGCGCAGCAAGAAUUAACAAAUGCAGCAGCAGCAGCACGUACAGCUGAAAUUGCUGCAGCAGAAGGUAAUGAGGAAGGAGAAAGGAUGAUUGGUGCUGCAUUAACAGCAAUAGAUGCAGCAAACAAAACCCUAAAAAGAGCAUCUACCUUAGACAGAUUAGCAGCACAAGCAAGUGAUAGACUACAAGAAGAACGUAAAGGACUUGCUGCUCAAUUCAUGGAACUGCAAAAUAGCACUGCACCAGGAGAAGAAGGAGCAGCAGCAGCAGCAGCACAAGAAGAAGAGGUGGAGGGGCCUAAGGUGAUAUCAAUUAAGAGAGAAGGAAACGAAGACGAUGAUGAUCUGCAGCAGCAAAUAGCUGACGAACAUGGAGAACAAGGACAGACUAAUGCAGCAUCAACAAGCUGCAUGAGCUGCGGUUGCUGCCGUGGCAGCAAUGCUGCUGCUGCAGGCAGCAGCAAGGGUCUGCAGAGAAGAAAAAGAAACAAGGGUGGCAAGAAGUCGAGCAGCAGCAGCAACUUCCUGUUUGGUUGCUGCAGCUGUGCACAACAGCAGCAGCAGCAGAAGAGGGAACCAGGUCUUUAUUUAAAGAGGAAGAAAUGGAGUAAAAUACCAGGGAUGGUUAUUGAUGAAGAUGGUUGUCUUGUAGAGGUAGAAAACGCAAAACAAUUAAUGGAUGAAGUUCGUGCUAGUGGUUAUGAGCCUUUCCCUGAUGCUAUAGAUAGCGGCAACACCAGCGAGAAGGAGGAAGAAGAGGAAGAAGAAGAUACUGUAAAUGUAGAUGAAUUAGCAGUAAACAACAACUUCUCUUAUCGUAUCACUAAUACACUAGAAGAAGGAAGUCUGCAACUGUGGCUACUAAGAGGAAACAAUGGAGUUAUGUUUACAGGAGAAGAAGGAGAUGACGACCUACAGGAAGAUAUUAUAUCUAAAUUUAUUGAGCCUGUUAUUAAGAAAAUAGAGGCAGCGGCAGAAGAAGGACAAAAAGCAGCAGCAUAA